CCAGUUCGAGAUUUGCAGUGUACCUUUAAUUACCCCAUGAAGUACAUCCUGGUAACUGGCGGUGUUAUUUCAGGCAUUGGUAAAGGAAUUAUUGCAAGUAGCAUAGGCACCAUCCUGAAAUCAUGUGGCCUUCGAGUUACUGCUAUCAAAAUAGAUCCUUACAUUAACAUAGAUGCUGGAACCUUCUCGCCUUAUGAACAUGGUGAAGUUUUUGUUCUAAAUGAUGGUGGAGAAGUUGAUUUAGACUUGGGAAACUAUGAACGAUUCUUGGAUAUUAACCUUUACAAGGAUAACAACAUUACCACUGGAAAGAUCUAUCAACAUGUCAUCAAUAAAGAGAGGCAUGGUGACUACUUGGGGAAAACAGUUCAAGUUGUACCACAUAUUACUGAUGCUGUUCAAGAAUGGGUAAUGAACCAGGCAAAGGUUCCUGUGGAUAGUGAUAAGAAACAGCCACAGAUAUGUGUAAUUGAACUGGGUGGAACUAUUGGAGACAUUGAAGGAAUGCCCUUUGUGGAAGCUUUCCGACAAUUUCAGUUUAAGGCCAAAAGAGAAAAUUUCUGCAAUAUCCAUGUCAGUCUUGUGCCACAGCCUAAUGCUACUGGAGAACAGAAAACGAAGCCUACCCAGAAUAGUGUCCGAGCUUUAAGAGGUCUCGGUCUCUCUCCUGACUUGAUAGUCUGCAGAAGUACUAAGCCUAUAGAAAUGGCUGUGAAAGAAAAGAUCUCCAUGUUUUGCCAUGUAGAACCUGAACAGGUAAUAUUCAUCCAUGAUGUUUCUUCUACUUAUCGGGUGCCCAUCCUGUUGGAAGAGCAAGGCAUAAUUAAAUAUUUUAAAGAGAGAUUGAACCUGCCCAUUGAGGUCCAGCCAAGUGAUCUUCUUUUCAAAUGGAAAAAAAUGGCCGAUAGGUAUGAGAGGAUGCUGAAGACAUGUUCUGUAGCUCUCGUUGGAAAGUACACAAAACUGAGUGAUUGCUAUACCUCUGUUUUCAAGGCCCUGGAACAUUCAGCUUUGGCAAUUAAUCACAGACUUGAUUUAAUGUAUAUAGACUCAGCAGAUCUUGAACAUAAUACAGAAGUUGAGAAUCCAGUGAAAUUCCAUCAAGCCUGGCAAAAAUUAUGCAAAGCAGAUUGCGUUUUAGUCCCUGGUGGUUUUGGGAACAGGGGAACAGAGGGAAAGCUUCAAGCUAUUUCAUGGGCAAGAAAAAAGAAGAAGCCUUUCCUUGGAGUUUGUUUGGGGAUGCAGCUGGCAGUAGUAGAGUUUGCACGGAACUGCCUGAACUGGCCAGAUGCAAAUUCAACAGAAUUUAACCCAAACACUAAGAAUCCUGUCGUCAUUGACAUGCCUGAACAUAAUCCUGGAGAUAUGGGAGGAACAAUGAGAUUGGGGAAAAGGAAAACAAUUUUUAAAGCCAAGGACUCAAUCUUAAGAAAACUCUAUGGUGAUGAAGUUUUUGUAGAAGAACGACAUAGACAUCGCUAUGAGGUGAACCCCGAGCUGAUUGAUUUAUUUGAAGAAAAAGGUUUGAAAUUUGUUGGCCAUGAUACUGAAGGGAAGAGAAUGGAGGUAGUUGAACUGGAUGAUCACCCAUACUUCAUUGGUGUCCAGUUCCAUCCAGAGUUUUCUUCAAGACCCAUGAAGCCCUCACCUCCUUACCUUGGCCUCUUGCUUGCUGCAACAGGAUCACUCAGUGCAUAUUUGCAGCGUGGAUGUAAACUGUCUCCGAGUGACAGCUACAGUGAUCUCAGUGAUGAUAGUUUUCCAGAAAAAGAACUUCCUGAAUCAGAAAAAAACUGAAAAUUUUGUAAAACAGCAGAAACAUGAAGGAUGCAGGUAAA